AUGCCAGCUUUUGCCAUCAGAGAGGAGGAAAAGAUUGACCACUGGCUUGGACGUGCGCUGUCUGAUUUGGCACUUGACACCCCGGGAAUAGAGGUCAUCUUACCGAAAGAUGCAGACAAGUGGCAGCGAUGCUUCCACCCCACGGAGCUUGUGAGAUCGUCGUGGUUCGAAACAUCGAUGUGCAUCCUCAUCGUUUUGAACAUGGUCGUCAUGGCCGUGCAGGUGCAGUACCAUGGUCUCGAGACGGGACAUACCUUGGAUUUCCCUGGCUAUGACACCGCAGCCUCAAAUCUGUGGCCAGGGGCAGAGACGGCCUUUCGAGCGACCGAGUGGGUGUUCGGAGUGUGCUUUUUUGUGGAGAUCAUCAUCAGAAUCUUCGGAUGGGGACUGGCUUUUCCUUUCGAUUUCUGGAAUUGGUUCGAUGCGGCUAUGGUCCUGCUGUGGCUCCUCAGUGAGACCGCUUUCUCGAAUUUGGACGACCGGGUCCUCCGCCUGGCUCGCACAGCGCGACUACUCCGUUUGGUCCGUGUGAUCCGCAUGAUCCAUGGUUUCGACUCGCUGUACUUGAUGAUGACGGCGAUGAGGGGAAGUGUGGCCGUGCUCUUCUGGUCCUUCAUUCUGUUGCUGGUAGCGCAGAUUAUGAUUGCUUUCCUCUUGAAUGAAGUCUUGAGCGCCACCUACUUGGCAGAUGAGAAUGCCCCCAAGGAGGACCGGCAGCGAGUCUUUGCCUACUUCGGCACCUGCUCCAGGGCGAUCCUAAGCAUGUUCGAGUUGACCUUGGGCAACUGGCCGGAGAUUGCCAGGAUUCUCCAGGACAAGGUGAGCGAGUGGUAUUUCUUGUUCUCUAUUGCUCACAAAGUGACAAUCGGCUUCGCAGUGAUCGGCGUCAUCAAUGGCGUGUUCAUGCAGGAGACCUUCAAGGUCGCAGGCUCGGAUGACAAGAUCAUGAUGCGCCAGCGAGAGCGAGAAAGAAGGCUCCACACAAAGAAGAUGAAGGUGCUGUUCGAACACGCCGAUGAGUCCGGGGAUGGCGUUCUGGAUAUCGAUGAGUUCCGCCAAGUGAUGAAGAAUCAAUCAGUGCGUACCUGGCUCGCCGCGCAGGACCUGCACAUGAAUACACCCGAAGCCAGCGACCAGCUCUUUCGGCUGCUGGACGAUGGGGAUGCGGCUCUCACGGCCCAAGAGCUGGUGGAGGGUGUGGCACGGCUGAAAGGGCCGGCGAAGAGCAUGGACCUCGCGGUCUUUAACCUUGAGUUCAGGAAGUUCAAAGACGAUGUGGGUAGGUUGGGCGAACUGGCAGAGAAGCUGAGUGACUUGGACUAUGAGGAGGAGCAUGACUGCAAAUGUCCGAGCUUCCUUGUUUCACUGAGAGGAAAAGGCGGCAUCCAUGAUGCUUUCUUGGCACCCGCCAAGCUUGUUGGAAGGAAGUCGAACCUUCUCAUCCUCGAAUUGAAGUCCAUGGGUUUCCAGAGCAGGCGUGACAUCCACAACACCAGCCUCAAGGUGUCCGGAAUGGAGCCGCAGUGGCUCAUGAAAUCCGACGGGGUUGGCGCGAAGUCGGUCUUCGCGAGGUGUGCAGCCAUUAUCCCCGUCUACAUAGACAGGAACAAGAAGGAGAUUAAGAUCUUCAAUGUCUGGUGUCCGGAGAAGAAGAAGCGCCACUGGGCCUUCUUAGAAGGAGACAUUCUUCGAGGUGCAGAUCGUCACAUCUACGAUACAUGCCGCCGCAUCUUCAACAGUCAGGUCGGACAUCUCUUUGGCAAGCAGUGGUCGGGCUGUUUUCUGUCCGAGCUUCCCGAAGUAGCUGGCCCGGAGCUGAAGGAGCCUUCCAUCUGCACCUAUGUGAAGCUGGAGCAGGAUGGCCAUCGGUAUCCUUGCCGGCCACACUUCUUCCUCCAGGUCACGGAGGACUUUUACGAGACGACGAGGUGUUAUGAGGAUGCCAGCGGCGUCAUCAAACUCCCACAGCCAGAGGGCGACUUCGUCAAGUGGGACGACUUGGCCUCUGCCCGCAGAGUGCAUCUCGACGGCACGUUUUUCAUGGAGCAUGACGAGGCCCGAUGGGUCAUCAUGGAGUACGAAACUGGCAAGCUCAUGGCAAAAUCUCGAUUCCUCAGCAGUUGGGCAAUGGCGCGAGGCAGUGCAACGACGGUUGCCUUUGUGGCAAGCUGCUGCUUGGCAGGUGGCUUUUUGUUCGUGCCUGGACUCUUCCCGUCGGCUGCAACGUCCACCGUGACAAACGCAGCUGGCCGCCAGGCGGAGACGUCCCACACUGCCGAGGAGCCAGCAGGAGCAUCUGCGUGGCAGGGGCUUUUCGGUGGCGUUGCACUGGGCUUGCUCCUGAGCGUGGCCGCGGCCUCCCCAGUCCUGGCCGAGGAGGCAGCAAAGCCCAAGGAGCUCACGGAUGAGGAAGUCCUUGCCAAGGGCUGCGACAUCCGCGUCGACUGCAAGACCAAGGAGGAGCAGUUCCGCUGGGCCAAGGCCUACUACAGGAAGUACAACAGGGAGAGCGACGGCAAGGACCCCAAGUACAGCGCUUCCUCCACCGGUGGCGGCAUCUACCGCAAGUACAAGAUCGACCAGUUCAUCGAGCCUUCGGGCAUCGUGAACACCACCGAUGGCACCUACCCCAUUCGCCCCGAGGCUGCGGCCUUCAAGCCCAUCUGGGAUGAGUACAACAAGAAGCUCAUCGAGCGAGUCGAGAAGGUCUACGGCAUCUCUGACGAGCCCAUCCGCUGGAACGGCGACUACUACGACAACAAGCUGAGCCCGUACAAGCCCGCCAACGGCCUUGGCUGGUACAACAAGCCAUCUCGUGUGCCAGCAGUAGCCAUGCGGGCGUAUCAGAAGCAUUACAAAGUCCUCGGAAUUGCCAUCAGGCAGACGUACGAAGCUCUCACUAGGAGGUUGAAGGAGCGAGCCGCUUUCCUUGCCGCUUCCGAGUUUGUUUUUGCUCAAAGGGCACUUGUGGGUGGCUGCGCCCUGGCGGGCGGCUUGGCCUUCGUGCCUGGGAUGAUGCCGUCCACCAGCUCCUCUCCGAGCAGCCAUGUAAGCAGGGAGCAGGGCCACUUUGACGCAGCGGACGCCGGCAGCUCCUUCCAGAACCUGCAGGGGCUCUUCGGUGGCAUCGCAUUGGGCUUGCUCCUGAGCGUGGCCGCGGCCUCCCCAGUCCUGGCCGAGGAGGCAGCAAAGCCCAAGGAGCUCACGGAUGAGGAAGUUCUCGCCAAGGGCUGCGACAUCCGCAUCGACUGCAAGACCAAGGAGGAGCAGUUCCGCUGGGCAAAGGCCUACUACAGGAAGUACAACAGGGAGAGCGACGGCAAGGACCCCAAGUACAGCGCUUCCUCCACUGGUGGCGGCAUCUACCGCAAGUACAAGAUCGACCAGUUCAUCGAGCCUUCGGGCAUUGUGAACACCACCGAUGGCACCUACCCCAUUCGCCCCGAGGCUGCGGCCUUCAAGCCCAUCUGGGAUGAGUACAACAAGAAGCUCAUCGAGCGGGUCGAGAAGGUCUACGGCAUCUCCGAUGAGCCCAUCCGCUGGAACGGCGACUACUACGACAACAAGCUGAGCCCAUACAAGCCUGCCAACGGCCUCGGCUGGUACAACAAGUGA